GGCGGGCGGCGCGCGCGGCGACCGGGGGCUAGCAAGAUGGCGGCGGGGCCGCCUCCCACCGCCGCCCAGGCGUACCGGCCCAACCGCUUCGUCUCGCUGCCGGCCGAGCUCGACCCCGAGACCUACGACGCGUCGCCGGAGAAGCGCCGUGCCGAGGCCGAGCGCUUGGCUAUUCGCGCCCGCCUCAAGCGGCAGUACCAGCUGCAGCUUAACAACCCCAAGCCGCCGGCCGUCAUCGAAGAUCCUGCCUUGCUCCGCUGGAGCUAUGCAAGGACGCACAACGUCUACCCGACUUUCCGCCCGACAGCCAAGACGUCCUUCUUUGGAGCUGUUUAUGCUUUAGGCCCUCUCAUUUUCUGGGCUGUUCUCUUCAAAGUUGAUAGGGACCGCCGAGAGAAGCGUAUCCAGGAAGGUACAUACGUGCGACCAUUCAGCGUAUUUUAAGCUCCUGGAAUUGCAGUGCUGCUCAUGAGAUAUAAAUAAAAUCAGAUGUAUUGUCUGCUGACCUUUCUCCUUCAUAAGAAUAAAUCUUAACUGUUUGCUGGUUAUCUUGCAUCUUCCAACAAUGACAGUGCAGGUAGAUACAGAGUGUCCUGAAUUCUACCGUUGUGCUCCUUUGAUCUACACACAGAGG